UAAAUGUUAUCAGAGUCUCAUAAGGAAGAUUUAUGUAUCUACAUUGUAUAUAUAAACAACCGAACUUUAGUUAAUAAGUUUAUAUUAUUACGUCUUUUUACUUAGUUGUUACCCAGUUCAUUCGAUUAACAGUUUAUCAAAGUUUUAAAAGUUUUUUUUGGACUAAAAUUAACAAAGUAUACAAUGGCAAUGAACACAUGCUUCAUAUUUGUAUCGCUAGUUUGUGUGUUUACGAUGGUAAACUGUAGAUUCGUACUGUACGACUCAGACAACACUGAUACAAUCGUGGACAAUGGAUCACAAUUUGCUGCUGUUAUGAAGAUGUUGGCAACUUUAUUUUCUAGACUGAAUGCUUUAGAUGGAAACAUGACAUUAGAGAUGCCAAGAAAUAUGAAAUGUUUGGACGGCUGGGUCACAUUUAAAGACUCGUGUUAUUUGUUUGACACAAAAACUCUCGAUUUUCAAUCAGCUGAGAAGGAAUGUGGCAAAUUUGAGGCUCAUGUAGUACGUUUAGAGACACAAGAAGAAAAUACAUUUCUGAAAUCAUUCAUGGCCAACCAUUUCAAAGACACAGCUUACUGGAUUGGUAUGACAGAUGUAGAAACAGAAGGAUUGUGGAAAAUAUCAGGUACAAAAAGAAUUGUACCAUUUACAGACUGGGAAGACGGUCUACCCAAUAAUCACGGCGGAAAUGAAGAUUGUGUUAUAUUUUAUGGCCCGUCUUCUUACAGUUGGCUCGAUGUGCCUUGUUCAGGGAAAUUUCGAGCGUUUUGUGGGAAAGAUAACAGGAGUCUUAAAUAGAUAUAUGAAAUGGUAUUAGAAAGAAAAUUUGAUGCUUCUUUAGAUUUAUGUAUUUUCUUACAACCAACACGCUUAGAUGUUUGAAUAUUUUUUAAAACUGGAAAUGUAUAUAAAUUAUUUAAUUAGGUUUUGACUAAAUCAUUUAUGUAAGACUGUUCUUUUUCUUCUGAUUUGAAAAAAACCCCAUUGAUUUACAAAGAAAAUGUUAAAUUUAAUAUGUGUUUUAAUUUAAAAAUAAACUAUUUAGAAAACUAA